AUGGGCUUUAGCACUUUUCUGCUUUUCAUUAUAACCAGUCAGUUCUUCUGCAGCAGAGAAGCCAAGUUAGAGAGCCUGAGAAAGUUAGAGAGCAAAAUAAUUCCAGAUAAACUUCCUCAUUAUCCAAUGUUUUCCCUCCCAGACAGAAGAGUGCAACCCAGAUGCCCUCAGUUCUUAGAAAUGAGUAGAAAAAGAAGAAAAAGCUGCAAGGGCAGAAAGAGCUCUGAUUCCAGAGAAUAUGAACAGUUGUCACCCAUUUGUAAAUGCCAGCAAAAUGUAGGAAGCCUUGAAAAUAAAGCAGAUGAGGCUCUGGCUUGCUUCACUGAGCCACUGGAUGUAAAGGGUACUGAAGAAGAUGGAAAAGAUCAUGAAAACAAGAAUCAGAGUAGCUCAGACACAUCUGAAGAUAAAGACCUUGAUAAUGUAUCAGACAGCGAAAAAGAAGGAAAGAAGGAAAAGAACUACUCUCCUCAAAUGUUCUCUCCUCAGCAAGAUGAGAUCCUAACUACAGUAACUUUUGGUGAAUCAGAGGGCUCAUCCACAGGAAAAAUUACACUAUGGGGCAAGCCAGACCCUGUAGAGCUGGUUAGCUCUACUACUGGGAAAAUUACUGCAGAAGUAAAAUGUGGUUCUUUUAGUGUGAAAGUAGAAAUUAAGAAUGUUUCUUUGUUUGAUUCUGGAACAAAUCUUGUAGCUGGAAAACAGAAAAGUUCAAAGAACAAUAAAGAUUGUCAUGAAAGGAAAUACCAGAAAAGCCAGUGUUCAAAAUGUUCAAAGUACCAGUGCCCUUUAACUGACCACUCAGCAGAACACAGUGAGCAAUAUAAGGGAUUCUCUAAACAUAAAAUUCAAACUGACGUCAACAAAAAUGCUUCCCUGAAAUUGACCAUUGACACAAAGGAAAUUGAAGUGGAAUUUACCAGCAGAAAAAAAAAUCUAAAGGUUAGCAUCAAACCUGGUGAACAGGCACAGAGCAAACCCUGCAACAGGGAACACGAAGACACGUACUGGAGUGAAACAGAUUAUUCUGUAACAGAGGCGCCUCACAAUACAGAUUGUGAGUCAUCUUUUAGCUUCCGUGAAAAAGUAGGCUAUACAUUCCUAGAUGGAUGUACACUUCUACCUCCACCUCAAGAAUUUGCUGACUGUGAUGAAAUGCAUUUGGGUACAAUUGCAGAGAGAGUAUCUUUAUACCCUAUUAGUGACAAAAAGGAAUCUGACAGCUUUUCUCCAGCUUUGAAAAAUUUUGAGGAAGAAAGCUAUUUCUGUAAACAUAACAAAAAGGACUGUGGAGAGCACACCAGUGAAAAGGAAGAUUUUUCAAAAGACAAAAUACUUUUCUCAAAAAUAGAUAACACAAAUUGUCUUGUAGCUAGUAAUACUUGGAAUAACUCAAACUCUGGGAAGGAGAAUAUCAGUAAGAACAACAUAUUAGGUCAAAAAAUAAAAAACUGUGAUAAAUGUAGAAAUACAGGGCAAAAACCAGGAAGAAGAAAGUCUUUCCCAGAUACUACCUUUGAUGUACCAUCAAUAGUGCACCCUAGAAGGGGUUCUGGGUUUUAUUCAUUGCCAUCCUUAAAAGUAUUUCCUAAGGAGACCAAAACAGAUGUUAAUAACAAGAACUCACUUGUUCACACCAGCUAUAUAGGACUUGGUAAGUGUCCUGACUUGACCUCCUCACUGAGAAGCCUGCAAGGUCUUAUGUCUUCAUAUCAUUAUGCUUUCACAUCAUUUGAUCAUGAUAUUACCAUUUAUACAUCUGAACCCAAGGAAAGCCUAGUUGACGCUUGUUUACUGAAUGAUUCUGCAGGCUAUGUGGGGCAAGGUGAAGAAACUCUAAUGGAGAGUCUUCAUUCCAGUGAUAUUGUAAAUAAGAAAAAAGAAAAUGGGCAUGAAGGACCUCUGAGAAACCUGGCCAUAUGGGAGGAAGACUCUGAGGCUACUGAAGAUGCUUUAGAUGAAGGGACACCAGAGUACAACCAUCUAGAAAAUCACAAGGAAUUGCAGAACAAAGCUCAGCUGAUACAGAUCUCUCCAUAUUCUAGAAGCCCUUCAGGUGAAUGUAUUAGUGGCAAGGAAAGUACUAAUUGCACAUCUACAGAAUGUGCUCAAAACCAGCUUUCAGGUUUAUACCUACCCACUGCAGAGACUGAGGUAGAAAAGAAAAGGAGAGGGUCAGUAAUGACUGUGAUAACUGGAGGUCUAGAACAAAGACUUGUCCAAGGCGAGACUAAAUUGAUACCUGAUUCUUUUGGCUCUGCAGUGAGAAAGGAGCCUAAACUUCCCUGCAGUAUAGAUGAAAAAUCCUUCCUGUCAUCCUUGUUAUUAUAUCCUGAGGAGCAUGACAUUAAUAAUGAAUCAGAAAGCUUUUCUGAGACACAAGACAUAUCUGUGAAUAUCCUUGUUGACUCCGAUUGCCAUAACAACUCAGCAGUGAAUGCCAUUUUAUCUACCUCUUCAGCAUAUACGGAAAACAAGGAGAAUUUCACAGAACAUUCAAAUGCCAAGGAAGGACCAGAGAACAUUUGCUGUAAACAGUCAACUGAUGAUAGCUUAAGGAGAGAGCCUGGAGCACAUCAACUGCCUCAGUUAGUCAAAUCCAGCUCUAAUGAAGUUGAGAGAAAGACUGAAAUGAAACAAGAUUUUCAUCAGAAUGCAGAUAUCCCCCCAUCAUCAGUAAAACAUAUUAGUCAGAAAGACUUGAAAUCAGAAAUGAAUAAAACCAGAAAGCUACCUUUGAUGAAAGACACCAGAGCCAGUGAUAGUUCCCAGGAAGAAGCAAUAGACCAGUGGGCCAGAAGACGGAAACAGUUCAAAGAUAGCAAAAAAUGCAGUUCAACUGGAGGAAGCUCUAUAAACAGCACAAUCACUGAGGGAUCAAGAACUCAUUCUGAAUAA